CACCCCACGCAGCCCCCGCCGCCCCCCGGCAGGCUCUGCAGUAAGUGGUGGAAUAAACAGCAUUUGCCUUUGGAUGGAUUAUACUACAUGUGAACUGCCUGUUACUCUUUCUGCAAGAAUCAGAAAAACCCUUCACUUUCAUUUGUUAAAUAUCAGCUUGACAGCAAAAACAUUCUGAAUGGCCCCUGCUCACAGCAGACCAACAAUUUAAUGGGAUCAGCACUUCUCCUACUGAAACGUUUGAAGUUAAAGAUUUGGAAAAGAGGUUUUUGCAGAGAUGACCCAUUUACAAGCUGGACUUAGUCCAGAGACUAUAGAGAAAGCCCGCCUGGAACUGAAUGAAAACCCAGACAUUUUGCAUCAGGAUAUCCAGCAAGUCAGGGACAUGAUCAUCACGAGGCCUGACAUUGGGUUUUUACGUACAGAUGAUGCCUUCAUCUUGAGAUUUCUCCGAGCCAGAAAGUUUCACCAAAUGGAGGCCUUCAGACUGCUGGCUCAGUACUUCCAAUAUCGCCAGUUAAAUCUGGAUAUGUUCAAGAACUUCAAGGCUGAUGAUCCAGGAAUCAAACGGGCUCUCACAGAUGGGUUCCCAGGAGUACUGGAAAAUCGCGACCACUGUGGCAGGAAGAUUCUUCUGCUUUUUGCAGCCAACUGGGAUCAGAGUAGGAACUCCUUCAUAGAUAUCCUUCGGGCUAUUCUACUGUCAUUGGAAGUGCUCAUUGAAGACCAGGAGCUUCAGAUAAAUGGCUUCAUUCUAAUUAUAGAUUGGAGCAACUUCUCCUUCAAGCAAGCCUCCAAGCUUACACCAUCUAUCCUCAAAUUGGCUAUUGAAGGGUUACAGGACAGCUUUCCUGCCCGCUUUGGAGGAGUCCAUUUUGUCAACCAGCCCUGGUACAUCCAUGCUCUGUACACGCUAAUCAAACCAUUCCUCAAAGACAAGACAAGGAAAAGGAUCUUUCUUCAUGGUAACAACCUGAACAGCCUUCACCAGCUAAUUCACCCCGAAUGCCUGCCCUCUGAAUUUGGGGGGACUCUUCCUCCGUACGACAUGGGAACGUGGGCUCGAACGUUACUCGGUCCCGACUACAGUGAUGAAAACGAGUACACGCACACCUCCUACAACGCCAUGCAUGUGAAGCACGUGUCCUCCAACCUGGAGCAGGAGGCCUCUCCCAAACCCAUGAAAAGGUCGCAGUCCGUGGUGGAAGCUGGCACGCUGAAACACGAAGAUCAGGGGGAAAGCGAGAACACCCAGCCGCUGCUGGCUCUGGACUGAGCUCCCAUGCACCCAACACAGAUACAUUAACAGGCUUCCACCCUACCCACAACCCCCAGAGUACACCACACACACACACAAACACACGCACGCACGCGUUUUGCUUGAGAACAAGUCCUUCAUGUGUCCUGAGCAGGUAACAACUGCCACCAGCCAUCUGUCCGUGCAGCCCGCGCUGAGGAAGAACUGAGACAUUUCUAUUGACAUGGGAGUCUGUCCAUAGACAAAUAAGUUCUUUUUCUUUUUGACUUCUGACAUUAAAAUAUUGGAAAUAAUGGGACUGUAUUCUCUGUUUAAAGGAACCACGUGUGUCUGUAGUUUUCCUGAAGCCUCCAGCAGAGAUGCUUGGUUUUAUAGAAGUGGUGGUUAAAUGUGUUUUAAAGAAAAGCAUCUCAAAUUUAAACUUGGCACUGUAAUCAGCAGUUUAGUCUGUCCCAGAGGGCAGAAACAGCAGCAUCUACAGAGUGCUUAAGUUUUACAUAAGGAUUUUUGCAUUAAAAAAAAGUGAUAAUGCCAUUCAACAUGACACUUUGUGACUGCCUCAUCCAUGCUGCUUAUGGGGGGACGACAUCACUUCUUUCAGUAUCUAGUGAAAAUUAGUUUUAAAUUUUGAAGCCCUUAUAAAACUGUUAGCUAAGUGGAAUGUGCUGUGUGGGCAUUAAACACAUAAUUUGAAAUGCAAUUAUUUAAUUUUUAACAAUGUGUUUUUCCACAGGCAGCUGGGGAGCCUAUAUCAGAUAAGUGUGUGUCUGUGUAUGUGUAUGUGUGCGUGGGGGGUGUGAGGGAGACCCAUUGGACACAUUCAGUAGUGAUUAAUGGUUCAAUACAGAUUGUUUCAUUUAGGUCUCAACAGCAAAUAAGAGCUCUGCAGAGCUAUUUAACCCCCUUCCCUCAUGCAGUCAGUGAAAGGCAUAGCCAGAAGGGUAUUCCGAUUGCAGAUGAGGGCCACGGUUAAAAUGAAAAAGGAAAACUUAGAAUUAAU